GUCACAUCAGAGAAGAAUGAGAGAGAAGAGAGAGGGAGGAGAGACAGAGAGGAGGAACGCCAAGAAACCAGAGAGAGGAGCAGAGCGAUGAAUACACAACACAUAACAGGCUAACAGAGAGAUAACCAGGCUAACAGAUAAAUAGCCAGGCUAACAGACACAUAACCAGGCUAACAGAGAGAUAAUCAGGCUAAGAGACAGGUUAACAGACAGGCUAACAGAGAGCUAAUAAGGAUAAGAGACAGGCUAAGAUACAGGCUAACAGAGAGAUAAUAAGGCUAAGAGACAGGCUAAGAUACAGGCUAACAGAGAGAUAUCCAGGCUAAGAAACAGGCUAAGAUACAGGCUAACAUAGAGAUAUCCAGGCUAAGAAACAGGCUAAGAGACAGGCUAACAGAGAGAUAACCAGGCUAAGAGACAGGCUAAGAGAGAGAUAAGAAGCUAAUUAAAGUGGUAAAGAGAGACGAGGUCUGACACAGACAUGGAGUCUGAAGACAAUCUGCUCAACGUGUUUCUGCUGCUGCUGUUUGGAUCGCUCUUCACCACGGUGGGUCCUUCUGCCCCGGAGGAAGGCUGGCAGGUGUACAGUUCAGCGCAGGACUCCGAAGGUCGAUGUGUUUGUACCGUGGUGGCUCCCCAGCAAACGGUCUGCUCUAGAGACGCCAGAACCAAACAGCUCAGACAGCUGCUGGAGAAGGUUCAGAAUAUGAGUCAGUCCAUUGAAGUUCUGGACCAGCGGACUCAGAGAGAUCUGCAGUUUGUGGAGAAAAUGGAAGAACAGGUGAAGGGUCUGGAAAACAAAUUCAAACAGGUGGAAGACGGACAUGAGAGCAACAUCGCAAGACAGUACAAGUCCAUAAAGGUGAAGAUGGAGGAAUUACGUCCUCUGAUCCCAGUCCUGGAGGCCUACAAGGCGGACGCUUUGCUGGUCCGACAGUUUAAGGAAGAGGUGGCGAAUGUGACAGAGCUACUGGGAUCGCUGCAAGAACAAAUGGGAGGUCUGGACUACCAGGAACUCCACGGCCGAGUGAUGAACCUAGAGGACCGGCUGAGGGCCUGCAUGCAGAGGCUGGCAUGUGGGAAGCUGACAGGAAUCUCUGAGCCAGUCACCAUCAAGUCGUCGGGAUCGAGGUUUGGAUCGUGGAUGACCGACCCGCUCGCUCCAACUGGAGACAACAGAGUGUGGUACAUGGAUGGUUACCAUAACAACCGCUUUGUUAGGGAGUAUCAAUCGAUGUAUGACUUCAUGACGACGGAUAACUUCACUUCUCACCGCCUGCCCCACCCCUGGUCCGGCACCGGUCAGGUGGUUUAUAACGGAUCCAUUUAUUUUAACAAGUUCCAGAGCCACACCAUCAUCAAGUUUGACUUCAGCACAUCGCUCAUCAGCCGCUCCCGGCAGCUGGACUUCGCAGGCUACAACAACAUGUACCAUUACUCCUGGGGGGGCCACUCAGACAUUGACCUCAUGGUGGAUGAGGGGGGGCUCUGGGCUGUCUACGCGACCAAUCAGAAUGCUGGAAACAUUGUCCUCAGUCAGUUAAACCCAAACUCUCUGCAGAUCAUCCGCAGCUGGACCACCAACCACCCGAAACGCAGUGCCGGCGAGGCAUUCAUGAUCUGCGGAACCCUGUACGUUACUAACGGGUACUCUGGUGGAACUAAAGUCUACUACGCCUACUCCACCAACUCCUCCACCUACGAGUACAUCGACAUUCCUCUGACCAACAAAUACAGCCACCUGUCCAUGCUCGACUACAACCCCCGAGACAGAGCGCUGUACGCCUGGAACAAUGGCCACCAAGUCCUUUAUAACGUCACUCUUUACCACAUUAUACAAUAACACUAAAUAACAAUACAUAACGUUACCCUCUAAAACACAGUAACAUAUCUACAACCCCCGAGACAGAGCACUGUACUCCUGGAACAAUGGCCACCAAGUCCUUUAUAACGCCACUCUUUACCACAUUAUACAAUAACAAUACAUGAAGUUGCCCUCUGAAAACCAGUAACUUAUCUACAACCCCCAAGACAAAAUGGUUGGCUUCAUUGCUGAAGUCCGCCUACACAACAGAAUCGUUUAAAAUAACGAUAAUGUUUGAAUUUACAGGUGAGUUUAUUUAAUAUUGAAAACACAAAUAUGUUCUUUACUAUUGGGCUUUGGAGUUACUGGCAGGCAGUUUGAGAAACACUGUUUUAAAUUUAAAAAUUAGAAGUGAAUCUUUCACAGAAUCUAGUCACAGACCAGCAAGGGUCGCUGGUGGACAACAAGUGGUCCGCGGACCAAUCUCACUAAUACUGCUGUAAAACCCUGGAGACAGCGCUCUAGUCACAGUCCUUCAUUAUGUUCUCUACCACAAUAUAGAGUAGCAGUAAAGAAUAAAUCGAAUUAGGAUUACAGAAUGACUUCUUCACGUUCUCUGACCCAUACUGAGUCAACGGAGAAGACGGGUUUUCAGGUUCAUCUGUGCACCUCCAAGACAUAGAGAGGUAUGUUAGCUGAGCUUGGAACAAGGACUUAAAGUGAGAGGAAACUUAUUUCCAUCAAAAGAAAAAGACAAAGUCUGAAUGAUUGACAUGUUGUUAGCUCAGCAGUUCAUCCUGUAAAAGCUGUUUUAGUUAACGAUAAAGUUGGACAACAGUAAAAAAACAACGAAUUUUAGGGUUAGUUUUGCUCCCAAUGAUGGUUAACAAAUAGCUCCAACACUUGUAAUAAAAUCUUAUAACUGUUUACGUUUUACAUUUGUAAUUCAUGCAGCUAUACAGCAAACAAGAAAAAAAAUGUAACAAUAGAAUCAAACUGAAAAUGGAAAAGUGACAUGGAGUUGUUAGAAGUUCUGGUGGGUUUAGCCCUGCAUCAAGUCUGUAAGCUUGCAGGGUGUGCUAAGCUAGGCUUGCAUUUCCCUGAUUCUUGGCUAUUUGCUAAGCUGUGCUAGCGUCAUGGUUGGAUGAACUUUUCUAAAAGUCUAAAAUUCCAAAGAGGUCUGGGGGGAAAAAGGUGAGGAAGAGACAGGAAGCAACAACAGGGAAAACUACUCCAGAAACACGCACAGCGGAGAUCGUGAACACGCUGACAGGACACAGUACCGACAGGGAGACGAACCAGAACGAUCCCACAAGAGACAAGGGAACCACAGACAGUAAAUACAAGAGGUAACAAGGUAACAAAAGACAGGGGACAAGAGGGCAGGGAAGCAAGUGGAAAACAUCAGGUAAUCUCAACAGCAGGAAGACACAGGGAGUAAAACUAUAAACAAGACGAGACAAACACCCAAUUUCAAAAUAAAACUGGAAACAGGACAUACAGACACUCAGGGUAACAUGGGACAGGACCACCAACACCAGACUGGGGAGGGAACACAUAAAAUGACAGAAAACAGGAUACAAAGCUCAGAUAAACACUGAAACCAAAACAGCUAGCAGUCUCCCUGCUUCUAGUCUUUGUGCUAAGCUAUGCUAGCAGUCUCCCUGCUUCUAGUCUUUGUGCUAAGCUCAGCUAGCAGUUUUCCUGCUUCUAGUCUUUGUGCUAAGCUCAGCUAGCAGUUUUCCUGCUUCUAGUCUUUGUGCUAAGCUCAGCUAGCAGUUUUCCUGCUUCUAGUCUUUGUGCUAAGCUCAGCUAGCAGAUGUCCUUGUAUAAAGGGUUUCUAAAAGUGUCUCCUGAAAGAAAAAAAAGAAAAAGACUGUUAACUUAUAUCUUUAAGUCAAAUAGAAAGUUUCACUUUGACCACUUUGUUGUUUUAAAUUACCAAAGUAUUUGACACAAAUGCACUAGAAAAGUAACCAACAAACUAACACAAUCAUAAACAAAUAAACUUUCACAAUAAGAGACACUGAAUUGUUUACAUUAAUUGAUAGUGGGCAUGGAAGAUUGCUACACAUUUUUAUGAUGAAUUUGUUUUUGUGGGUGACAUCUGACUUUAUAAAAUCAGACUCACUGUUUUUUUAACAAUAAUAAUGUCUUUUCUUACUGUUGUGAUAUAAAAGCGAUACAAAAGCUUUCCUAUAGUCUAGCUUUUCCAGUGAUUUCCUCAGAUUGUAAACAUGUUGUUCUAGGUUUAGUGCGGCUGCUCCGUCUUUCUUUCAAUCUUUUCAUUUAGAAAAAAACAACAUGCCCAAAUCAUUCUGAUAUGUACAAGUGUUAUGUAAACAUGAAAAAUGGUUAUUUCAGGACUAAUAUGUCAGACAUGAUGAAACAGCAUCAAUGUUGUGUAAGACAUCACAUGAGGAAAGCUCUUUAUGUUGGUGGUGCAUUUCCCUGCGUCUGAACUCUUCAUGUUGAAGGGGCUUUGCCAUCGGUGUGUGAGUGUUCAGUCCAGUGAAUGGGAGUCUUAACAGGUGAAUGACUUUAUAAAUGCUCUUCAUUUACCAUUUAAACAUAGUAGAAUUAACAGGUAAAUGACUUUAUAAAUGCUCUUCAUUUACCAUUUAAACAGAGUAGAAUUAACAGGUAAAUGACUUUAUAAAUGCUCUUCAUUUACCAUUUAGACAUGGUAGAACUGACCAUCCAACUCUGCAGGUCCAUGUUUUAAAGACAUUCAGGUCAAAUUCAGAGGACUGGAGGAUUUUCUCUUGUUGUUUUUAAGAAAUCUUUGAGUCUGUUUGUAGGAGUAAGUUAAGACAAGAAACUAUUUGAAAAGAAACUAUAAAAAUAAAUUUAUUUGGAGAAUUGUAUUUCAUUUUACUAAUUAAUUGCAUUAUUUAGUAUUACUAUGUUUGUAUUUCAACAGAUUAUUGCUGUGACAUCUAUCUUUGCUUUAGUUUAACAUUGGGGUGAUUAUGAACUAGUAGAAACACUAGAAGAAGAAAACUGGAUCAGUGGUUUUGGUUUGCAUGUAAUAUAAAUUGGGUUGGGUCAUUCAUUUGGGUUGUUUUCCGAUACCGGUGCUGAAAUGAAACUUUUAAAACGGUGCCGGUGCCUGAACUGAAAUAUAUAGAAUGUAUUUAUAAUGUAUAUAAUAUAAAAUAUAAAAAUGGAGCCAAAAACGACAUAUGGUGCCAUUAAAGAACGGCUUGUUUAUUGCUAAGGACAUAUGGUCAAAAUGAAAUGAUUGAUUAAUCAUGCAACAACAAUAUGACUUCUUUCACCAGCAAAUGGCUGGCAAACCACAGAAACAAGCACCACAUGGGAAAAGGGUAUUUACAAUAACUUUGAAUAUACCACGAGGCUGGCGAGGUUCUAGUGAACACCCGUCUGUUUUUCCGACACAGCGGCUGCAGCGUGCAGACUGUUACGUCCCACUGGUGGAAUACUCUACAGGGAAUAACAGUCCCGUUUUACACCGCCUAACGCCAGCUGGCAGCAUGUUAACCACAUGUUUCAUCCAGCUAAUAGCUAACGCUAAUGUAGUGUCUCGGCCGCUUCUGAAAAAAAGAGAGUCAGGCACCAAAAUGAGUGACCAAAAUGUUGGUUGUCAUUUGUUAUUGUUACUGCCGUUUAUGUCGGAACUGCUGCCCGGUACCCAACCUUAAAUAUGAAAAUGAAACGAUUAAUCUGUUUUGUUAACCAAUAGCCUUAAGAGCUGAAGUGUUGUGAGCCAUAAUUCAUCUUGUAUACAGAAGUGAAAUUAAAGGCUUCCACUCAACAUGUACCUGAACACCUUGUUGGUUCUUGUUGUAUGUUUGAGAGUAGCAGGAUGUUGGUAGGGAGGAACUAUAAGAAAGCAUUUCCAUCAUGCCUCCUAAAGGCAGUACAUAUUUUUUGUUUUGAACUCAACACACUUCAAACUGUAUGUCCUGACUGUCUUGUAAAAAUAAAAGUCACAUGAUUUAAAAAACU